AUGCUGUGGACAGAGAAAUACAGGCCCAAGUCUGCUGACAUGUUUGAAGGUCCGGAUCACUUAAAGAACAUCUUGAGAAAGUCCGAUGGAAGAGGGCAUCCAAAUCUUCUGCUUUACGGGCCGCCAGGCACAGGAAAGACAACCUUUGCCCAUCUUCUGGCGAAUCGGAAGCUAGAGCUCAAUGCGUCUGAUGAAAGAGGCAUAUCUGUGAUUAGAGAAAGAAUCAAGGUGUAUGCAUCCACACUAGAUAAAGACAAGACAAUAAUACUUGAUGAAUGUGAAAACCUCACCUCUGAUGCACAGCAUUGUUUAAGAAGAGUGAUAGAAGACUCUGUGAACACUCGCUUUAUAUUUAUUACAAACUAUCCAUCAAAGAUUAUUGGGCCACUUAGAAGCAGACUGGUCAGUGUAAAAUUUUCGUUAAUGGAGAAUGGGAUUCUUGAAGACAUAGGCAAGAAGGAAGGAUUGGGGUAUGAUAAGGAACUAUACUGCAGGCUCUUCGGGCUUUGUGGAAACGAUUUAAGAAAAGCGAUCAAUGUUUUGCAAGGCAUUGCUCCUCUAAGUAGCUUUUGCAUUGAAGAAGCUGUUGGGGCCAUUCCUCAAAAAGUCAUCGAUGCAUUUUGGAAUGCAAACAGGCCUGAGGUUAUGAACUAUGCAAAAGAAUUCUUGAGAGAGGGAUAUUCUGCAUUGCAGCUGGUCCGCCAACUAUCUGGAUCCAAUAAGGGGAGCGAGGUCCAGUCGGCCGAGUUCCAUUUAGUGCUAUCCUUUCUUGAAGAGAAGUCUGUCUCCGGGUGCUCCGAUGAGUUAAUUUUAUACAAUCUUCUUGGAAGAAAGGUGGAGAUUUUUAACGCCGUAUGA